AUGAAGGAGUCAAGCUUGCCAAAUAUUUACUAUCUGGUGAAAAGCAAGUACAAUUUUAAUUUUCUAUACCCUAUAACUCAUUUUUAUGAAUUGUUGGAUACACCUUUAAGACUUAUACCUAAUUACUAAGUUUUAGAGCAAUUUCUUACUUCCUAGAAUUAAAGGCACAGCUCAGAAUUACAGAUUGUAUUUGAGAGUUUAAGUUAUUUGGUAAUUAACUAUUUAAUCAAUAUCAUGGAUAAUUAUGCUAUUUACAAAAGUUAUUUUAGAAUAAACUCACAAUACAUUCUAACAUCCAAGAAUUCUCUAAUUAGUACAUGGAAAAAUAGCAAUUACUAUCAUGUGAAAACUAUAUAAAUAAAACAUUAUAGAAAUUUAAACAUUUAAAACCUAAAUCAUAUACACUAAUUUCUCUUAAAAACCUUUGUUCCUUUUCUAAUAGCAAAACAACCAUAUCUUCAUUUUGAGAACAAAAAAUUAGAGAAAAUGCUUCUCUAAAAGACAAAGAGAAUUUUCUUUUUUUUGAAAAUUCCAUAAGUAUAUUUGAUUAACAUAGAAUAAGAAUUUAAGGUUGAUGGAAAAUUGAAAAAAAAUCAAUUUUAUUUGUUUCAGGACGAGUCAAUACAGUUUUAUGCAAUUGUGUCGCUAUAUUUUAUUUUUGAACUGAUCCGUCAGUGUAUAAAGUAAAUAUUCUAUUUGAAUCUUAAUCAGAAAGAAAUAUAUUUUUAUUUGUUAUCGAAAACUUCUACUCUUCAUACUCCUUAUAUAUUAUUCUCUAUGAUUCAGCAAUCCUUUAUAUUAUGUUAAUUUAAAAUUUAGACGAAUUAGAUCUGA